CUCAUUUUUCGUCAUCAAAGAAUGGAAUGGAUUAAUUCUCUGUACAGUCGUACAGUCGUAUCCAGGACCAGUAUCAUCAAGGACAAUGCAUGGUGCCCAUAUUACCCCUCAUGAUCGAGACUGAACUCCUUAGCCGCUGAAUUCUUUCAGGAGACUUGUAGGAACAUUGAUCCCACUUCUUCUAUCAUACUUUUGAAGUACCAGCAGUCAUGUGUAAACCAACAACCGCGUCCCCGAAAGGCGGGGAAAACAAUGAGGCAACGGCGACGACGAAAGAUAAUAGAUCGACCAACAAGAGCUUCCUACCGUCAGUGGAAAUAGAGCUUUCAGACUUCUUUGAUGUUAGCAAGCCUUGGCUUUUGGUACAGGAUGGCAACUACAAGGGUUACUUCAACAAUGUUCCGGCUGUCUUUCGUGUGGGUCCUUGGAACAUUGCUUGUUGUCUCUAUUUAUUUGCCAUCAUCUCUUGGGUCGUUUUUGAGUGUGUGUGCUGUUACACCAACCCACCCAAUGUCCCCCCCACAGACUACCACAGCUCAUUUGGGACUGACACAUGGCAAUGGUGGUACAAUGUGGCCGGAUUUGCAUGGACAUUCUAUGUUGCCGCCAAGGUGAAGAAAGACUGGGGGUGGAGUGCUUGGUUCUUGUACACAAUGCAGAGUUGGACACUCAUCAUUGUUCGGCAUGGAUUGUCCGUACUGGCACCAUUUGUUCCCGCAGCUGCACCUCUCAAUGAACUCCUGAGAUUUCCCAUGCUCUUACAGACAACCAUAACGUUUGUCUUGUGGAACUUUUUACUCAUGCCAGCCAUCACCUUCACAAUGAAGGACCCAAAAAAGAGAAGUGGCUUCCUCAAAUUUUGCUUUGGAUUCUUGCUUUCGCAGCUCCACAUUGCAAACCUUCCAUUGGCAGUUAUGAAUGGUGUAUGGGGGAGUCCAGCACGAGAACUCAACCAAAUGGACUUCUGCAUGGCAUUGGGAUUGGCAUUGCAGUACAUUGCCCUCUAUCUAUUUGUACUUGAUCGCAUUGGGGUCCAUUUCUACUUUGUGUUCAGUCCGCGGACACCAUUGGCUAUCAUUGGGUGGACAACCUUUCUGGGGUGUCUCUUUGCUGGUUUUGCCAUGUUUAAGAAUGCAUUGGUGGACUAUGGAGUGGCAGCAUGAAUAGAUAGUUCGCACCAACUUAUUUAUCAAGAUGAACGUUUCCCCUUUCGUUUAUUCCAUGAAAAUGGAGGGUGUCUGUGUACCGGUACUGGUGCCCCCACAGGUCA